AUGCUGCCCAUCAUCCUCCUCAUCCGCCUGGCACGGUCCCACUUCCUCGUCAAGAUCCCCAUCCUGCUCUUGACAACAGCGUUCUUUCAAUUCUUGUUCUUGCCUUGGCCCGCGGCGUUCAUGGUCAAUCUCGCCCGCUGCACGAUCGCGACACUGGUUCUCCAGGCGGCUAUUGCAAUGCCUUCAGUUUUUCUGCUCAAGAGCGAGUUGCUGUUUGAUGUCGCGGGCUUUGGUAACUUUAUCCUUGUUGCCUUGCUGAGUCUGGUGGGUACUCACGGCGAGUAUCUUCUGCCUGGUGGAGGGCUGUCGACUUUCUGGGACACGGUUUGGAAUACAGGUGGGGUUCAUUGGAUGAGAGGUUACCUGUUUGGGCCUGUGAUCCCGGACAUUGGGGUUGUGAAUUGGCAAGUCCUGAGGGAGGUUGCUGGGCUGGGACUGGCGGUGAUGAGAGAGAGGGUGCGGAGCAUGCCGGUCCACUGGAGUCAGGUUGUCAUCAAUGGAGUUGUGGUUCUCUGGGCAUUGAGGGUCGGCACGUAUACAUCUGUCCGCAACCUUCUCCGUGGUGGCGACUCGCGAUUUAACGGUAUCCGCAACAACCCCAACCGGUUUCUCAAGGCCUUCAUUUUGCAGGCGCUGUGGGUCUGGUUUUGUACCCUGCCCAUCGUCGCGGUCAACACGCUGUCUCCUGGAGCGUUCCGGGGCAUGCGGUGCCUGAAGUUUGGCGAUGAACUGCUCCCCAUACCGUCGUGCUAUAUCAGGAUGGCUUGGUUUGCCCUCGGCAUGUGGUCCAUCCUGCGCGGGUCCGUCAUCGAGCUGAUUGCGGACUGGCAACUGUCGAAAUGGAUGUGGGACAGGGAGCGAAAGAGGCACGACGAGGUAUUUUGCUCGAAGGGGUUGUGGCGCGAGUGCCGGCAUCCCAACUAUUACGGCGAGUGCCUGAUCUGGCUCGGCAUUGCAAUCUGCUGCUCGGCCUUCCUCUUGACAAACUCCGCUCGGAACGAGACAGGACUGGGAUCGUUCACUAUGGGAGCGCUGUGCUGCCUUUCGGCGUUCUUUCACCACCAGACCUUGAAGCACAUCUCACUGCCGCUCAUUGAGGAAAAGUACGACCGGAUGUACAUGUCUCGGCGGGACUACCGAACCUGGAGGAGGUCAAGCUCGCUCAGGAUUUGGCUCGAAUAUUGA